CCUUCGUUCCGGUGGGGGCCUUGGGACAGUCAGGUACCCCCUGCUCAACUCGGGUGCGGAGAACAGCUCCGAAGAGGUCCCUCUGCGGGUCCUUACGCGGGGCUGGAUCCCCUGAGCGGCGUUGGGCGUGGCCAUUCCUGGCCCGGGUCCGAGCUGUCAGCCUCUCCACGACCUUAACUGGAAGAGCCGGGACUCGCCUAGGGUGGGCUCCAGCCGUUGCAGCGUCCAGCUGCCAACUUUCUGCCUGGAUCGCUGUCUUCUCGUUUCUCCGGUCUCGAUCUCCUCAUACAGAAGGCCUUGGGGGUAUGUAACAGUCAUGCCUGUGGACAUGCUGUCUCCUGGAGCUCGGGACACCUCCGCCCUACCUUUUCGCCUGCGGACUAAGGUCCCGGGCUACCUGCUGCGGCGGCCGGCAGAUGGUGGAGCCCGGAAACCUAGUGCUGUGGAGCGCCUGGAGGCUGACAAGGCCAAGUAUGUCAAGAGCCUGCAUGUGGCCAACACCCGCCAGGAACCUGUGCAACCCCUGCUGUCUAAGCAGCCGCUCUUCAGCCCCGGGACACGUCGCACUGUGCUUACUUCUAGCCGCCGAGCCCUGCCCGGCCCCUGCCGCCGGCCCCAACUGGACCUGGACAUCCUUAGCAGCCUUAUCGACUUGUGUGAUAGCCCUGUGUCCUCUGCCGAGACUAGCCGUACCCCUGGACGAGCAGAGGGAGCCCACCAGGACCCCCCGGCUACCCCCCCACGCCCGCAGCCCAGUACGACUGCGGUCCGCCGAGUGGAUGUCCGUCCCCUGCCUGCCUCACCUGCCCAGCCCUGCCCAUCACCAGACACUGCCGCCUCCAGUCCAGCCCGGCCCCCGGGUUUGCAACGCUCCAAGUCGGACCUGAGUGAGCGCUUCUCACGGGCAGCAGCUGACCUGGAGCGAUUUUUUAACUUCUGUGGCCUGGACCCGGAGGAGGCACGGGGGUUGGGUGUGGCCCACCUGGCGCGGGCCAGUUCAGACAUAGUGUCUCUGGCCGGGCCCAGUGCUGGGCCAGGCAGCUCCGAGGGGGGCUGCUCCCGCCGCAGCUCUGCCACUGUUGAGGAGCGGGCCCGGGAGCGUGUCCCCUACGGCGUGUCCGUGGUGGAGCGCAAUGCCCGCGUGAUCAAGUGGUUGUACGGGCUGCGGCAAGCGCGGGAGACUCCAGCAGCCGAGGGAUAAGCCUCCACGGCACUCGGAAAUCGGCACAGGACAGAUCUUAGAGAGGCAGUUGGCCCCUUGGCCUCUCCUGCACCCUUUUCCUGGUUUGGGGCCGACCAGAGACUGCUGCCUUUCGUGAACUUGGUAUGGAGGGAAAGGCUCAGGGGCUGGGCCAGCAUCAAUCGGGCAAGGACAGACCCUGGAGAGAGUUGCCUCUUGACCUUGGAGCACUCCCUAUUCCUCACGUGUAGGGGUUUGACAUGCGUGUACCUCUGCUUGGUUCCUCUCAUGGGUUGGGGCAUUUAGCCCUCCCUAUUGAGAGUGAGGGACCAAGGAUCUCUACCAGGUCUGUCAGCCCAGUGGCUCUGUUUCUUUCUUCCUUCCUUUGCUGACUUCCUCUUCCUUACUCAGUGGGCCCUGGUUCACUGGGAACUCACCCUAGAGUGGAGGCAGCCUUGGCAGCCUGGCCUAGGUGGGUAGAUUACAGGAGGGACUGGUAAGGAGUCUGCAUUGCUCUGGCUUCCCUCCUUUUGCUUAAUAAAUACAAAUGCUUGCUUUUCAAUGGCUGGGUCACCAGACUCUUCU